GCAGUGGGGAGCAGUUCGUGGCUAGGUUCUGGGCUGGCUGCAGUCUCGGUCUGACGGCGGCCGGAGCGGCUGUCUCGAGUAAGAUGAGGCUCCUGCUGCUUCUCCUGGUGGCGGCGUCGGCGGUGGUCCGCAGCGAGGCCUCUGCCAACCUGGGCGGCAUGCCCAGCAAGAGAUUAAAGAUGCAGUACGCCACGGGCCCUUUGCUGGAGUGUAGAUGAUGUGUAUCCUGAGGGUACAGGCGGGUGUUUGAGGAGUACAUGCGGGUUAUUAGCCAGCGGUAUCCAGACAUCCGCAUUGAAGGAGAGAAUUACCUCCCUCAACCAAUUUAUAGACAUAUAGCAUCUUUCCUGUCAAUCUUCAAACUAGUAUUAAUAGGCUUAAUAAUUGUUGGCAAGGAUCCUUUUGCUUUUUUCGGCAUGCAAGCUCCUAGCAUCUGGCAGUGGGGCCAAGAAAAUAAGGUUUAUGCAUGUAUGAUGGUUUUCUUCUUGAGCAACAUGAUUGAGAACCAGUGUAUGUCAACAGGUGCAUUUGAGAUAACGUUAAAUGAUGUGCCGGUAUGGUCUAAGCUGGAAUCUGGUCAUCUUCCAUCCAUGCAACAACUUGUUCAAAUUCUUGACAAUGAAAUGAAACUCAAUGUGCAUAUGGAUUCAAUCCCACAUCAUCGAUCAUAGCCCUACCUAUCAGCACUGAAAACUAUUUUACACUAAGGGAUUUUGCAAGAGCAGCGUGGCUGACAUUAUGAAGGCCUGUACUGAAGACAGCAAGCUGUUAGUACAGACCAGAUGUUUCUUGGCAGGCUCGUUGUAACUCUUGGAAAACCUCAGUGCAAGACAGUUUUUCCAUUGCUGGCCCAUGCUGAAUUCUGCACAUCCUGGAGUGCAAUGAUACUGUGUAGCUUCCCCCGAGCCCACUGUUAAUAGUUUCUUCUUCUUAAUGUGGCAUUACUACUUGUAACUCUUUUCUUGGUCAUAUUUGAGAAAAUACAGAAUUGAGUUACAACUUGA